UUCACACACGGUCGUUGUCAAUAUGACACCGGUCGUGUAUGAAUUAUGCACCACCACCUGCAUAAUGAUGCACCACCGUUGUUACUUUGUACACCGACGUGCAUGAAUCGUACACGAUCGUUGCCAUUUUAGCAACUACCGUGUAUGAAUCAUGCACCACCGUUGUCAUUUUUUUUACUCGUGUGCAAUCGGCUGCAUAUUUACCAUUUUUUCCGUGUUAUUGAAAGAGAAAGGACGCAUUGUGCAAAAAAUUUAUUGAAAAUGAAUAAUAAUUCGCAAGAUCCUCAAAAUAUCAUUGGUGAGUUGUUAGAAAUCGAUGGCAAUAUUGUUGUGGUUCGCGAUACAAACCAUUGCAGCAGUCAAGAUGCGGAAAACAAUGAGGACGAUUAUAUGUUAAGGGAGUUCUUAAAAGGAAUAAAUAUGGAGUCGCUUUUUGAACAAUUAAAAGCAUCACAUGUAACAUUUCGCAGCUUGCAGUACUUGAAAAAAGAAGAUUUAAAGGAAGCAGUGCCACCAUUGGGACUGCGUGUUGAAUUCAGAGAAAAGCUCUUUGCUUGGAAAAAACGAAAGCUCGGGAUUGAUGACGAAACUAUGUCAGUUCCAUCUAAAAUAGGUGAAUGGUGGAAACGCAACGAGACACCUGCAAGUACUCCUGGUACUCCCGACACUACAGGUUCGAACUGCUCAAAAGCCAAAGGAAUUUUGUCAGAGGAUCUAACGGAAUUGUUAACACAUACCUCGAAGGGGAAACUAGCGCUUGAAUGUAGUAGCGUUAAUAAGAAAUUAAGUGACGAGCAAAGAGAUGAUAUAAUUAAUAUAAUUAUUGAAGAUAUUUUAACCAACAAUGUUACUCUUUACACUCAAGACUAUAUGCGCAUAUUGGAUGAAAUUUGUUCCGUUUUUCCUCUUGAAAACGAAAUGAGGGAUUAUUAUUACAUUUCAAGAAAAGGAAAGAACAACGCAAGCGGAAAACUUUAUGCCAAGUAUAGAAACAAGAAGUCCAAAAGAAUAAAGCUUUUGAUUUCCGAGCCUAGCACAAGCAAAGCAGCAACUCACACAUCUCCUAAUUUUUGUAACAAAGAUGUUCCCGAAAUUGAUGAAUCAGUUGAAAAUUCAUUGAAAGCUUCCUUACUAAGAGAAUGUAAUGAUUGGGGAUCGAUCUGCGAAAAAUGGAAAAGAUCUUUUAACAUACGGCAAAGAGAUAUAAAAAAUUUAAGUAGCCAUACAUUUCUCCUUGAAUGGACGAAGUUGUCCGAUGCAAGAGCUUCAGAAUUGGUCAACAUUGAUUUCGAUAUUAUGUAUCCACAGAAAGGCAAUCUUCUACUUUCUAAAUGGGACCAAUUUAAGAAAAAAAUUUACAAUUAUUAUGGGAAAAAUAUUCAUAACGAACAUUGCAAACAACUCUUCGCAAAUGUUUUGACGGCAAGCAGCAUAGAUGCUCAAGAUUAUAUAUACGCAAUACUGUUGAAUUCAGUUUUACCAUCACCUGCUAGGUUUAAAUGUGGAAACGGUAAAUUACGAAAAAAAGUAACAAUAGCUGAUUCGCAGGAAAGUUUCGUACUGCGACUACCGACAAUUAACGAUUAUAAAAGGCAAAUUGAUACAGUCACUGAAAAGUAUUACAAUGCUGGAUUAACUAUACAGCCAUUUAUAAUUGUGGAGGGUUUGUCCGAUUUCAAUAUAAAAGGUUUUUAUGUUUUUUUUAACCACAAUUUGUUAAAAUUUCAAUCGUUCCUCGAAUGUUUAGAUACAUGUUUUAAAAUUUUUCAUGCACUUUCUUUAAAAUAUCCAAAUGCCUGCCAAAUUCCAUGGAUUUUUAUCCAAAAAUAUUUUUAUGAAAUUAAUACUGUAUAUGAUAUAAAAUCAGUUAAUUUGACUUCACUUAUUAAUUUCUGCAACAAUAAUUAAAGUACAAUUCAAAAUGUAUAUUUGCUUUCGUUGCCGUAAGCAUUUUGAUAAGGCAAAUCUUUUAAUAGCUCAUUUGAAAACAGACCAUUUAAUGUCCACUAAAUUUUUAAAAGUACAAUGCGUUCAGGACAACUGUAAGCAAACAUUUACAAAAUUUACGUCAUUCAGAAUUCAUUUAGAAAAACUUCACAAGAAUCACACAAAAGCUCCACCAAUGGUUAAAGCCAUUAAUGUGCCAGUUGAAAUGUCAUCAUCAAAAGAAAAUGAUUAUACAAACAGUGAAACUGUUAUUAACAACAAUACAAUAGAAAAGGAUUUAAAUGUUUUGAAAAAGAAAACCUUAUAUCUGUCUUUACAAUUACAUGGUCAAAGCUAUAUGCCUAGAAAUCAUGUUAUAGAAAUACAACAUUCUGUUUCAAUUCUGCUUUCAUCCAUUUCAUGUACAAUUGAAAAAUAUAUAACUGAUCAUCCAAAUUAUGAAGACUUAAGGUACUUACUAAACUUUUGUAAAAAUCCUUUCGAAGAAACUAGAACGGAAUAUAGACUUUUAAAAAUUUUAAAAGAACUAAACUUUUAUGAUGAUCCAAAGGUUUAUGUAAUUAGCAAUCAAGUCUCGGAAAUUGUUAUCAGCGGAAAUCCCAGUUUAGGUCCA